AUGGGAGCGGCCUGUGCAAAGUCAGAGAUGUUUUUUGGCAAGUUUAAAUGGCCCUUAUUUUCUCAAUAUUUACUGGUCCGGGCCAUAGAGAUCAAAUGUGUCUGUACGCUGCUCAAUAUCCUCUUCAUUGGUCUAUUUCAUAUCAUUUCAGGUGUCCCUCCUAAAGAGUCCAGCUUUCUGAUCAAUGCUCUCCUUCUUCAACACUACAAGCGUGGUGCCUACUACUCACAGGGGGGCGCCAGUGAGUUUGCCUUCCACAUCAUCAAUGUCAUUGAGAAGGCGGGCGGUGCUGUUCUCGUCAGGGCUCCGGUACACCGCGUCCUGCUCAACCGGCAGAACAAGGCCUAUGGUGUGACGGUGCUCAAAGGACAAGAAGAGAUUGAGGUCCAUGCCCCUGUUGUCAUUUCUAAUGCUGGCAUUUUCAACAUAUUCGAGAAGUUUCUACCUCAGCCCAUACAGGAGAAACCAGGUGUCCCUCCUAAAGAGUCCAGCUUUCUGAUCAAUGCUCUCCUUCUUCAACACUACAAGCGUGGUGCGUACUACUCACGGGGGGCGCCAGUGUGUUUGCCUUCCACAUCAUCAAUGUCAUUGAGAAGGCGGGCGGUGCUGUUCUCGUCAGGGCUCCGGUACACCGCGUCCUGCUCAACCGGCAGAACAAGGCCUAUGGUGGGAAAAGAGUUGCAGACGAGUUCUGGAAUACAGUUGCUUUUUUGAAUGAGACCGUGCAAAGGUUGACCUGUUCAUGGAGCUCAUGAGACAUUCUUUCACACUUUUAUCAGUCUUCUAAGCAGAGCUAUGUCUUUUUGGGCUCCAAGCCAGAACAGAGAUUGGAAGUCGGUUGCAUCACUUCCCGCUUUGUUAACCGCUUUUCAAAACACUCUAGAAAUUGUUACUAGGCUAGAACCAAAACAAAAAUGAGGCACCAGUUUUCAAGCAUUUUUUGGAGUUGGGUGAACUUCUGCAUUUUUAGGAGUUGGUUAAACUUACCAAUAUUGUCAUUAUCUUAGUUUGUUACACCUGUUUCCUUUAUUUUCUAAUUUUCUUGUCUGCUUUUACUUCCUGUCUUUGUAAUUGUUGAUUCCUUCCACCUGUGUGUGAUCUCCAGCUUUGUUAAUGUUAUAAGUAUACUGUUCCUAUAUAUGUUUAAGUGUUGAUCAUUUUAUUUGGUACUUUCCCUUUUUUGCACUUGCCUGCUUUUUAGUUUUGUGUUUUUGUAACCAGCUUUGAUUUGAUAAAGCUCGAUUUUGGUUUUUCAUACCUGCCUCCCCUCUUUUGAACUGCUUUUAAGGCCUUAUUUCCUUACCCUUGGUGCUUUAAGGCUGAAACAUGCACUGAUGUUAUUUUACGUAUGAUUAACACUUUGUGUGUGUGUGUCAGGUGUGACGGUGCUCAAAGGACAAGAAGAGAUUGAGGUCCAUGCCCCUGUUGUCAUUUCUAAUGCUGGCAUUUUCAACAUAUUCGAGAAGUUUCUACCUCAGCCCAUACA